UGUCAUGGAAACGCUGACACAACCUCCAGACGGCGGCCGAGCCCGGCCGGGGACUGAGGGCUUUUGGGACCCUGCGGGAGCGCGGCGCGCUCUCCGCACUCCCCGGGAAACAGCUGGACGCGACCAAUUCCCGGGUAGGGGCGGGGGGAGCGCGACGCUCCGCCCCGGCGCUCCGGCCCCUCCCUCCUCCCGGCUCUCCGCGGGCUCCCUCCCCUCGCCGGGGGCUGCGAGUUGCAUUUGGUAAAACCCAGCCCGGAAUAUAUAGAUCAUUGGAGCGCAAUGAAGUAGCCUUUGGAGCGGAGGGAGGGGGCCCGUCCGACAGCCACAGCGGCCAGCGCAGCAGCGGCGGCGGCGGCGGCACCACCAGCGCUCGCACCCCAGCCGCCCGGCCCGCGAGGAGGCAGCGGCGGCCGCCGGCGGGAGCGGAGGCGGCGGCGGGGAGGCGAAGAGGAGCAGCGGGAGGAGCAGGAGCGCGCAGCCGGCGGGUCCACGCAUCUCGGCACUUCCAGAGCAACUCCGGCGCCUUCCGUACCCCUGCCCGGGGCUGGGGGCUCCGAGACCCGCCGCGAAGCCCUCCCGAUCGUCCCCCUCCCGAGCCCUGCCCAGCCCUUGCCCUGCGCCUCCCGGGCUCCGCUCCGCGCGGCAGGGUCCCGGCUCCUGCGCCCCGGGCGCGCCUCCCGGACACCCCGGUCCCCGCAGCCAGGACAAAGCCAUGAAGCCGGCGCUGCUGGAAGUGAUGAGGAUGAACAGAAUUUGCCGGAUGGUGCUGGCCACUUGCUUGGGAUCCUUUAUCCUGGUCAUCUUCUAUUUCCAAAGUAUGUUGCACCCAGUCAUGCGGAGGAACCCCUUUGGUGUGGACAUCUGCUGCCGUAAGGGGUCUCGAAGCCCCCUGCAGGAGCUCUACAACCCAACCCAGCUGGAGCUCUCGAACACCGCCGUCCUGCACCAGAUGAGGCGGGACCAGGUCACAGACACCUGCCGGGCCAACAGCGCCGUGAGCCGGAAGCGGCGGGUGCUGACCCCCAACGACCUGAAGCACCUGGUGGUGGACGAGGACCACGAGCUCAUCUACUGCUACGUGCCCAAGGUGGCGUGCACCAACUGGAAGCGGCUCAUGAUGGUGCUGAGCGGCCGCGGCAAGUACAGCGACCCCAUGGAGAUCCCGGCCAACGAGGCUCACGUGGCGGCCAACCUCAAGACCCUGAACCAGUACAGCAUCCCCGAGAUCAACCACCGCUUGAAAAGCUACAUGAAGUUCCUGUUCGUGCGGGAGCCCUUCGAGCGGCUGGUGUCGGCCUACCGGAACAAGUUCACGCAGAAGUACAACACGUCCUUCCACAAGCGCUACGGCACCAAGAUCAUCCGGCGCCAGCGGAAGAACGCCACCCAGGAGGCGCUGCGCAGGGGCGACGACGUCAGGUUCGAGGAGUUCGUGGCCUAUCUCAUCGACCCGCACACGCAGCGCGAGGAGCCCUUCAACGAGCACUGGCAGACCGUGCACUCGCUGUGCCACCCAUGCCACAUCCGCUACGACCUCGUGGGCAAGUACGAGACGCUGGAGGAGGAUUCCAACUACGUGCUGCGGCUGGCGGGGGUGGGCAGCUACCUCAAGUUCCCCACCUACGCCAAGUCUACGAGAACUACUGACGAAAUGACCACGGAGUUCUUCCAGAACAUCAGCUCCGAGCACCAAACGCAGCUGUACGAAGUCUACAAACUCGAUUUUUUAAUGUUCAAUUACUCAGUGCCAAGCUACCUGAAAUUGGAAUAAAGGGGGUGGGAGAGGGAGAGAGUCGUGCUUUUUAAUUUAAGAUUUUUAUUUGUCAAAAGAAUUAUAUGGAUAUUGGGUUAUUUUGUAAAUUAAUAUUUCUUUGGGAAUGAUGCUGCGAGCAGCAUGGUGAGAAUUAUUUAAAAUCCUUAGUAGGGAAGGACGGCUGUCUUUGCAGGGGGAUGGGAUGGGUGUCCUUGGUUUUAGACGGGAAUACUGCAACGCUGUCUCAAAGGUUUCCUUGUGCUCUGGUGAAUUCCAUGAAUUGUGCAUCCCGUAAAUUCUAAUUAAUAUUAUUUAUCGUUAUUUAAACGUGGUCUCUGUAGAGAUUUCUUUUUGUGGCAGCAAGAUUCUGAUGUCUUCGCGGAAGAAAUGUGUGUGUUGUUCUGUGCUUGCUGCAGCUCACGUGGGGGCACGAAUGCCCCCCCCCCCUUGCUAAGCGCUCGCGGAGUCAGCUGUGUGAUAACACCCACCGCGAGGCCCAUCGUGCCGCCAUCUUGAAAUUCUGUGAGAGAUCAAUAGAAAUAGGCACCUUUGCAAGGGACUAAUUCUGGAUAGAUUCCGAACAACCCAGGAGCCCCCUGGCACUAAG